AUGACAAUGAAAAAAAUCAAGAAUAUGUUAGGGCAAUAUAGAAAGUCAUUACCGGAGGCUUAUCGAUUAGAACAACAUGUCCGCGACACUUUACAAAUGAACGUUGGAAAUCUUUCUCUGAAGGAAUUCAAGAAGUCGCUAGAGAAAGCAAAUUCGCUUGGGAGGCUAUCAAUACUUGCCUUUGUAUUUCUCCCUCUCUCUUUGGUAACAUCAUCUUUCGGUAUGAACAUCAGUGAGAUGACUGGCAAUGGCGCUCCGUGGAAAAUCUUUCUCAUAGUUGCUGCUAUUUUAUGUAGUCUGGGAGUUGUUCUCUUCCUUUGGAUAUUCAGGAAAUCCCCAAGGGUCCUGAGUUUUCAUUUUGCCUGCUCUUAUCCACCCGUUUGGAUUCUCAACUGGGUUAAUGAGCAAACGUUCAGUCAUACUGGUUUGUGGCUUUGGUGUGGUAAAUAUCUUGGUAGAUUCUAG